GAGAUGGGCGAGUCAACGCAGUUCAUCACGGGCAUCCGCUCCAGCGAACCAGCUGCCGGCCAGGGCGCAGUGGUGCGGAGGGCAGAGGAGAUGGUGGAGCGCAUGCAGUCCACCAAGCAGCAACUGAGGCGGUGGAGGAGCGGUCGCGAGUGGAGAAGGACGAGCUGAGGAGGGAGAUGACGGAGCAGCAGCAGCGCAUGCAGAAGGAGCUGGAGUCGGCAGCGGGGAGGGAGGAGAGGAUGAGGCGGCAGCUGAUGGAGGCGCAGGAGGGCAUAGCACACCGGGACGCCUUCCUGCAGCAGCUGCAGGAGGAGGCUGCGCUCUCCGCCUCCGCGCUCAAACAGGCCGCCAGGAUGGGCUGGGCGGGCGAGCAGGCGAUGGUGGCGGCGCGGGACCGCACGUUGAGGAUAGAGGAGCAGCUGGAGUCGAUGGGAGACCAGCUGGCCAAGGAGCGCGCCAAGACCCGCCGUGAGAGAGAGAACACCGCGCGCGUCACUGCUGAGGUGGCAGCGAGCAAGGAGGUGGCAGCGAGCAAGGAGGUGGCAGCGAGCAAGGUGAAGGAGGAGACCAGCACGGCGGAGGGGGAGACCAGCACGGCGGAGGGGGAGACCAGCACGGCGGAGGGGGAGACCUGUCAAACUUAUAUGCUAUAG